AUCCAACCAAACAGGUCGUAUGAGAAAGACGUGCAUCCUGUUACUUAUUCCAUAUCUUUCAAAAACAUUUUCCAUGGAGUUUCAGCUUCACCCAAAGCUCAACUUUCUUUUAUGCUUAUUCAUCCUUACCCUUUCAUUUACCAACGCUCAAGCUACUACCUUUGGAUACUGCGGUUAUGCAUAAUGAAUUCACAGCUAAUUGCGCCCAGUUACUCAUGAUAUGGUCUCGUUGAACUUGAGUGAUUUUCUUUUUGUGUUUAAUUUUCCAUUGAAAAUUUAUGCAGCUGAUGUGAACUAUGUCGUGAAGGUGUCUGGAGUUGAAAUCACACCAGACCCUGUUGUUCGUGCUAGGCCUGUAACCUUCAAAAUUUCUGCUGCUACUGGUGAAGCUAUUUAUGGAGGAAAGUGGGAAAUUACAGUUUCAUACUUCGGAUUUGUUGUCCAUAAGGAAAUCCAUGAUUUUUGUGAGCAAGUAUCUUGCCCUGUUGCUACUGGCAAUUUUGUGGUUGCUCACACCCAAAAGUUGCCUGCAUUUGCCCCACCGGGCACCUACACCGUGGAGAUGACACUAAAAAACGAAAAGAACAAGCCAUUAACUUGCAUCACCUUUAAUUUAAAGAUCGGUUUGGGAUCUUUUCUGUCUAAUAUCUGAAGUGGCUGGCUACGGAGCUACUUUGACAACUAUCUAAAUGAUCUGUGGAUAAUAAAUUUAUAUGAUAUUUGAGUUAUAUUUGAAAAUACCAUGUUUGGUAGAUAUAUUGUAAAAAUACGGAAAAAACAAUACUCAAGAAAUGUAAUUAUUGUUAUAGACAAAAAAGAAGAAGAAAAAGCACAGGUAUUAUUGUUUAA